CGGUCCUCGGUUAGUUUCACUUUAUUGUUGCUGGAACAUACACAGAGACAGUUGUUUUAACAAGCUGAUCAAACAAUUGAACAAAUUCGACCAAAAAUGAAGGGGUUUUUUUCUUUCGCGGUCAUCUUUCUAAUCUAUAGCACCGUGGAGUCCAAAGAAUCUCCACCAAAGGUUGAGGUGUAUGGCCACAACCCUGGCAAAUAUGGGGCAGAAAACACUCUGAUCUGUCAUGUGAGUGGCUUCCACCCCCCUGACAUCAGCAUCCAGCUCAUGAAGAAUGGGAUGGAGAUCCCUAAUGCCGAGCAGACUGACCUGGCCUUCGAGAAGGGAUGGAAGUUCCACCUGACCAAGAGUGUGAAAUUCACACCUCAAGAGGAGGACAAGUUCACCUGCCGAGUGCGCCACCUGACCAAGGAAACAGAGUAUAUGUGGGACCCAGAUAUGUAACUUGGUGGAGCCAACAGGCAUGACUUCCUGGGUUCUUUUUCAGCAUAAUUGGGGGCAACAUAAUCCACAUGACUUAAUACAGAACUGAAAUGACUUUAUUCCACUAUUCAACAUGAGCUUUCAUUCUAGUUUUCUGUCUCUGUUUUUCAAGGACAUUCAGUACUUCCAAUAAAAUUAUGGUUAUAUAAAGGGUUUAGAGGGGAAUUUCUUGUAUGUUUUGCGGUGUUCUAGUAUAAUUUCCAUUUUACCAUUAAAUAAGAUCUGCAAACACUCAAUGUAAAUUACCAUAUAUCACAAUAAACAGAUCAUUGAGAGCAAUUGAAAAUCUGUAUAGAUAAAUAUUUUUUGUGUUUUUGUAACCUGAAGAGGGACAUUUUUUAAUGAGCAGGUGUAUUUGAUCACUGUAGGAACCCAUUUAAGGGCUGUUGUCUUAAGACAUGACAUACUUUGUGUUUUCUAUUGAAUAAACCUCUCAAACAAU